CCUGCUCCCCGCCAUGGCCUCGACCGGCCCGGGCCSCCGGCUCCUKCUGCUGCUGCUCCUGCUGCUGCCGCCGCCUCCUGCGGCCUCCGCCUCCGACAGGCCUCGGGGCAGCAAGCCGGUCAACCCAGAGAAGCUGCUGGUGAUCACCGUGGCCACCGCGGAAACAGAGGGAUACCGGCGCUUCUUGCAGUCUGCUGAGUACUUCAACUAUACUGUGCGGACCCUGGGCCUGGGAGAGGACUGGAGAGGGGGUGAUGUGGCUCGAACAGUUGGUGGAGGACAGAAGGUCAGAUGGCUAAAGAAAGAAAUGGAAAAGUAUGCAGACCAGGAAGACAUGGUCAUCAUGUUUGUAGACAGCUAUGAUGUGAUUCUGGCUGGCAGCCCCUCAGAGCUGCUAAAGAAGUUCAUCCAGAGUGGCAGCCGAUUGCUGUUCUCUGCAGAAGGCUUCUGCUGGCCUGAGUGGGGGCUGGCAGAGCAGUAUCCUGAGGUGGGCACGGGCAAGCGCUUCCUCAACUCCGGUGGAUUCAUUGGCUUCGCCCCCACUAUCCACCAAAUUGUCCGCCAGUGGAAGUACAAGGACGAUGAUGAUGAUCAGCUCUUCUACACGAGGCUCUAUCUGGACCCCGGGCUGAGGGAGAAACUCAGCCUUAAUCUGGAUCAUAAGUCCCGGAUCUUCCAGAACCUCAAUGGGGCUUUAGACGAGGUGGUUCUAAAGUUCGAUCGGAAUCGUGUGCGCAUCCGGAACGUGGCCUAUGACACACUCCCCGUCGUGGUCCAUGGAAAUGGUCCCACUAAGCUGCAGCUGAACUACCUGGGAAACUAUGUCCCCAAUGGCUGGACUCCCCAGGGAGGCUGUGGAUUCUGCAACCGGGACCGGAGGACACUCCCGGGGGGGCAGCCUCCCCCCCGGGUGCUGCUGGCCGUGUUCGUGGAACAGCCCACCCCGUUCCUGCCCCGCUUCCUGCAGCGGCUGCUGCUCCUGGACUAUCCCCCUGACAGGGUCACCCUCUUUCUGCACAACAACGAGGUAUACCAUGAGCCGCACAUCGCAGAGUCUUGGCAUCAGCUCCAGGACCACUUCUCAGCUGUGAAGCUGGUGGGGCCAGAAGAGGCCCUGAGCCCAGGCGAGGCCAGGGACAUGGCCAUGGACACUUGUCGGCAGGACCCUGAAUGUGAAUUCUACUUCAGUCUGGAUGCCGAUGCUGUCCUCACCAACAUGCAGACCCUGCGCAUCCUCAUCGAGCAGAACAGGAAGGUGAUCGCCCCCAUGCUGUCCCGCCAUGGCAAGCUGUGGUCCAACUUCUGGGGGGCCCUGAGCCCCGAUGAGUACUACGCCCGCUCCGAGGACUAUGUGGAGCUUGUGCAGCGGAAGCGCAUGGGCGUGUGGAACGUGCCCUACAUAUCCCAGGCAUAUGUGAUCCGUGGGGAAACCCUGAGGACAGAGCUGCCCCAGAGGGAGGUGUUUUCUGGCAGUGACACUGACCCGGACAUGGCCUUCUGUAAGAGCCUGCGAGACAAGGUGAGCAAGCAGGGCCUAGGGUACAGGGCCUGGGGCUGGGUGCUGGGAGGCCGAGGGGCAGCCACCGAGCAUCACCUCUGCCCCUCUCACACCCACCCCACCCUGCGCCAGGGCAUCUUCCUCCACCUCAGCAAUCAGCACGAGUUCGGCCGGCUCCUGGCCACCUCCCGCUAUGACACUGACCACCUGCAUCCCGACCUCUGGCAGAUCUUCGACAACCCCGUCGACUGGAGGGAGCAGUACAUUCACGAGAACUACAGCCGGGCGCUGGACGGGGAGGGGCUGGUGGAACAGCCAUGCCCGGAUGUCUACUGGUUCCCGCUGCUGUCAGAGCAAAUGUGUGACGAGCUGGUGGAGGAGAUGGAGAGCUAUGGCCAGUGGUCGGGAGGCCGGCACGAGGAUUCAAGGCUGGCUGGGGGCUAUGAGAACGUCCCCACCGUGGACAUCCACAUGAAGCAAGUGGGCUACGAGGACCAGUGGCUGCAGCUGCUGAGGACGUACGUGGGACCCAUGACUGAGAGCCUGUUCCCCGGCUACCACACCAAGACCCGGGCAGUAAUGAACUUCGUGGUCCGCUACCGGCCGGAUGAGCAGCCCUCUCUGCGGCCACACCAUGACUCGUCCACCUUCACCCUCAAUGUCGCCCUCAACCACAAAGGCCUGGACUAUGAGGGAGGUGGCUGCCGCUUCCUGCGCUAUGACUGUGUGAUCUCAUCCCCGAGAAAGGGCUGGGGGCUCCUGCACCCUGGCCGCCUCACCCACUACCACGAGGGGCUGCCCACGACGCGCGGCACUCGCUACAUCAUGGUGUCCUUCGUCGACCCCUGACGCUCAGCCACUCUGCCAAGCCUUCCCUGCCACCGUGCCUUGGGGGGCCUGCCCCCCCAUCCUUGGAGAGGUGGCUCUGCCCAUCUCCUCUCUUCCUGAGUAUGUCCCUUGCGCCUGGGACAGAAUGUGUCACCUCACCCCACCCAAGGCCCUCUCAGGAAGCCCCUGGAGCCCCACUCCACUCUGCAGCCCCCGGGGCUCAUGGGAAAGGGUUCCUGGAGUCCCCCUGUGAUAAAUUAUUAAGGUUUCUCAGCCCCCUCCCA